GAAAUAACCAUUAUGACACUAUGCUUCACACUAGAUAAAUGGACAUAGUCUUCCUAUGUGGUUGACUUUAAUGAUUGUUUCUAUCAAUUAAAACAGUUUAAUUAGGUUUCUAGAAUCUAGUACAAUAGAUACAUGCUUCUAUGAUGUUCCUAUGGUGGGCUAACUCAUUUCUGAGUUCCAUUAUUACAGGCAAUGAGAACAAAACCAACACACACAGACUUUUCUCCACCAAAAGAGUGUUGUUGCUUUCUCUUCCUUUGUUUUCUUGCUCCAAAAAGACCAUGACUAGAAGAUGACGCGAAACCCACCAAUAAAUUGGAUUCUCAAGCAAGAAGAAGCAAAGCAACCUCACCUUUUAACGCAAAAGGUGAAAUUAUUAGUCGGUGUAGUUAACAGCAACUUGUUAACAAAUUGUAUUUAAUAGACAACAAGCAAUAGAGAUAUAUUAGCAUAGUUCAUCUAAGCACAUACUAAAUAAUAUAUUCUCUCUCUCAAUAUGAUGGACAAGAAGAAUGAAUUGGUGGACUUAUCUUCUUUUCUUCUUGUUGAAGGCAGCGCAGAUUCCGAGGGACUUUUGAAGCUCUGUGAGGAUGUGAAUAUGGACUGUGAUUAUGGUGAAGAAGAAGAAGAAGAAGAUGAUGAUGAUGCUGAAUCAUGCAGCUGUGACACAACAACACUGCUUGAAGUUUGUUGUUGUAGCGAGUUUGAUGAAGCUGAUAAAGAUUGUAGUGAUGGCCAGGAGCCAAGUUCAUGUAGGUGGAUGUUGGAAUUUACGUGUGAUAAAGAAGGUGAAGAAGAGGUGUCUAAGAGUGUAAGUAAGGAGGUGAUGGAUCAAAUGGAGGACACACUCUUUUGGGAGACUUGCCUGGCGGUAGGCUACCCUACCCAGCCUAGCUAUCCUUAGAUUUUAGGGCUUCAUUUUUUCCUUUGCCGACCUAAAUUACUAAUUAGAUUUUGGUAAUUUGAUAAAUUUAAAAUCAUGAAUUUCAGUUAUAUGUUUUCUUCUUCUAAGAAAAAGAUGAAAAAAAAAAUACAUAAAAAAAAAAAAAAACCUAAACCCAUUACUACAAGUGUUUCUAAGAUUUGAAUGAGCGAUGAACUGUUUUAUGUAUAGGUUGUGCUUUAAUUUUUGAAUUUUAAAAAUUAGGUAUAGGAUGGAUGGAGAAAUUGUCUUAUUGGAUGGAUUUUUUUUUUUUUUGAAUAUUCUUAUUGGAUGGAUUUCU